UCAGUGGCCUCGGUCUUUCUGAUUUUGUCCACAUUUCGGUUGAUGAUGGGGCAGAUUAAUGGCAGAUGUAGUUUAUAGUACGUCCUCAAUGUGUCUCCUCUUGCAGAUUUAAAUUACACGUGGGUUUUAUGCGUACAUCUAUAAUUCUCUCGCCUUUUUCAUCACUUGUUAUUUAGUAUCAGGCCGUAUAAAUUGUGUAGUUCAAUGCAAAAAAGGACCAAAGAGCGUAGAAAGAGGGCACAAAAAAGAUUUGACCAAUUUGAUAUCUAACGCCAACAUAACAUGAAUGUGGAUCUGAACUCCUCCAACAUGUCUGUGGAUCCUCUGGCAAUGAAGACGGAGCAGGGCCCAGUCGAGUAUCGCAUAGCUGGCCUGGUCUUCUACAGCUUCAUCUUUGUCAUAGGAGUGAUAGUGAACCUCACUGCCUUGUGGGUUUUUGCCUUGACCACCAAGAAGAGAAACUCGGUCACCACCUAUAUGAUCAACGUGGCGCUCGUGGACCUCACCUACAUUUUGCUCCUGCCUUUCAGGAUGGCUUACUUACAUCAGGACUAUUGGCCCUUUGGAGACAUUUUCUGCCGGAUCACAGCAGCUCUAACCAUCUUCUACCCCUCCAUGGCCCUGUGGCUGUUCGCUCUGAUCAGCACUGACCGCUACAUGGCCAUUGUUCAGCCGAAACAUGGCAAGGAGCUGAGAAACGUCCCAAAGGCUGUGGUGGGCUCCUUGGGGGUGUGGAUCAUGACUCUGGGCAGUAGCGUACCCCUACUCUUCUCUCAGGAUGACCCCGAUCGCAUCUCCAAUUACACUACCUGCAUCAAGAUGCAAGACAUCAUCUACAUGCGCCGCGAGAACGCGGUCAACUUCGUUAGACUCAUCUUCUUCUUCCUGGUCCCCAUCUGCAUAAUGAUUGGCUGCUAUGUCGUCAUUGUGGACAACCUCAUCCACGGACGCACCUCCAAACUGAAGCCAAAGGUGAAGGAGAAGUCCAUCCGGAUCAUCAUCACGCUCAUCGUGCAGGUGCUGGUGUGCUUCGUGCCGUUCCACAUCUGUCUGGUGCUGCGCUUGUUGGGAAACGACGAAGACGGCGGCUUCAACACGUGGGCCGUCUUCACAACUUUCCUGAUGAAUCUGAGCACGGUCUUGGACAUCAUCCUGUACUACAUUGUCUCCAAGCAGUUCCAGGACAGGGUGAUCAGCGUGAUCCUGUACAGGAACUACCUGCGUAGCGUCAGGCGAAAGAGCCGGCACACGCACACAGGAAGCGUCAAGUCGCUGAGCAACCUAACCAGCGCGAUGAUAUGAAAGUCCGUGGCACAGAUACUGUACCAACAAUAUGCACACUAGAUGCAUCACCGUGUACUGUUUAUGUAUAAUUACCUGAAGGAUCAAGAAACUGCAAUUAAUUUUCCCGAGUGCAAUUUACACUCACAGUAUGGAAGUGCUGCUGUUGUGGCGAAAACAUCUGUGUUCAGAGCUGAUUGACUCACCCAUGAGACUUGAGUUGUUUCCAUGCCUUGUUUUUUUUUUUUUUUUUAGUGUUUUUUUCUCUCUCUGCUGAAGAAAGCAUAUGCGGCACAGGUGUGACGUGUUCAGGUAAAAAUGUAACUGUUUAGAACAAAGCAUAGUUGUGCACAAGCGUCAGAAACCUCAAGAAAGCAACAUGAAGAGGGUCUGAAUUGUUCCACAGGAAGCAGCGGCGGGGUUGUUAAAGGUUGACGCUCGGUUGCUGCACCACAUUUAACAGGUCCUUCCUCUUCAGCCUCUCGGCUCUGCAACGGCGGAGUGAGCAAAUCUAAGCCAUGAGUGAUGCGUGAUGUCACCUGUCUGCUUUGCAAAUACAGCGCACGUGUUUGACUUCUGCCAUUUCAUGUUUGUUGAGUUGAAGAUCGACCACUUGAGACAGGAGGCAAUUUCAACACCCAGCACUGACAGUAAAGGUUGCUGUGAAGGUUGCUUUAAAUGAACCGACCAGGUGAUGGCAGCAUGGCACAGCUUAGACGCUAUCCACCUGCCAGAGCAACACACACACACACACACAAACACACAGUGCUUUUCAAAACUUUGGCAGAGUUGACAGCAAAAUAAUUUUGUCUCUGUUGCAUGGCAGCAAAAUAUUUACCUUUCAUUCAUUUAGAUUCAUAAAAAACAUUACUGCAUCCGUUUUCCAGUUAACAACAGUCAUAACGGCUUCCUCCACCAGGAAUCUGACUAAAGCGUGUUUAUGGUGCAAUGUGAAAAGUAUUGAUUAGGUGUUAAAUGAUUUAGUUGCUUGGAGUGCAUUUACAGUAACAUGCUCGAGAGAUGUCAGAGAGGCUAUUUACAAGAUUUACUGCAACCUUAACCUUUAAACAGAAAACCUUUUUCAGCACAUGGAUGUUUCAGUUUCAGAUUUCUGCAGCAGGUGAGGGAGGUAUUUUAUUCAAAAUGUCUCUUUCUCGUAAAAAUACUGAAGUUGGAGCAGAAUAGGGGGCAGAAGAGGCUUGCAGGCAACACCAAAAUAAACAUUUUAAAUGUUAGGAGUUGCUGCACCAACGUCAAACAUGCAAGGAGUCCAUCUAUGUUGAUCAUCCAAAAUAUAUGCUAUAAAAAAAACCCUCAGAAAAGAACAACUCUUAGUAUAUACUCUCUGUAGUAAAACUUGGUGAUGACAACAAUAUAUUUCUGAAAUCAAUAAACCUACAUUCAAUUCCCACUCUUCUUAAUGAGGUGCCUAACAAGGCAUCACCUAAACAAAAAGCAUUAUGAAACCCUGGUGGUCCAAAUAUUGAUUUCUGAAAUCUUCUUGAGCUACAACUCAAGUAUUGUCUUGUUUUCAAAAUAAAAAAAUAAAAAAAAUUCUGGAAACAGCAUAUUUCUUAUUUGGACUUUUUGUCAUAUUCUGCAAAUAAAUACUCAAACUGAAGUUCGUCAUUAUAUUUGGAAUUUUUAGGGAAAUGUCAGUAAUUGGGAAACUGAAACAUAAAUUAGUUUAAAAAGACAAAAGUGUGCAUGAUGAAAGUUCAGAAAGUACCCCUGAACUUCAUAAGCAGUAAGAACAAAAUAUCUGAAAUAAUAGUCAUAAAUAAAUAGUCAUCUGAAAGCACAGCAAAACACGUCUAAAAUAAAGUUUUUGAAACAAAGCAUUUAGAAAACAGCAAAACAUAACUUUUUUUGUUGUUUUUUUUUUAAGUAAACACUAGAAAUUGUCAGGAAACAAUAGCAUUUCCCAAACACUGUCAGUUAAAUAGUUAACAAUAAACUGAACAACACUGGAUAACUUCAAACACCUUAAACACUGGCUGCAGGUCAUUUUGUUCCUGUGCCUCUUCAGGGCCCCACCUUACACCCAUGUGUUACCGCUGACUGAACAUGUGCUUUCCAUUACACAUUUGUUCAUUUCUUCAUUUUCCUUAAGGGACAGUUCAGGGUUUUUUUUUUAUGAAUGUUUGUGAAAAUAUUCUUGUAAAUCUUCCCUAACCUACAGUAAACAUGUAACAUGUGGCAGUAAGUUUGUAGAACAGUGAGAUCAGAGGGGAAAGCUAACAGCCAGUCAGAAAAAAACAGCUUUACUAAAAGAGAAGAGGUUGUUAAAUGUCUUUAUCGGAGUAAUAAGGUGUUGUGUCCAAUGAAUAUAAACAUUUUUUUUUAGCUUAGGAUAUUUUAAAUAGAUAAAUGAGAUAAAAUAAGGGGUGCAUCACUCUGAGAAUUGCUUUUGUUUUCAAUAACGUUAAAGAAUAGACCUUUAAAAUAAGCCUUUAAGGUAUUUGUUACCGAAAUUUGAUUAAAUUUCAAAAUUGCAAACAUAAGAAAUGUGAAGGCACAACAGUGGGGAAAAAAAAACAAAAAACCCUCAAGCACCAGCAGUACUCAGAAGUGGCUGAUCAGUGUAAAAUAGUAAAUACAAAAUAAAAACCAAACUUCUGCUCAAUCUGGUAAAAGAUUCUGGUUUAAUGGAUGUUUUUCUGAGCGUGAACGCCGUUGUCUUUACAGUAGCUGCACCCUGUCUGCAUUCUCUGGAUCUCUGGAAGACAUUUGGCUGACUUUUACAGUAGUCACAGGUGAAGACGAGGCCGCUCUGUCCGAUAUAAGGGGGAUAGAUUUACAUUGUGUUAAAUAAGAGAAGGCAGACAGCGGGAUUUCCAUUUCGCAUGCGAUAUUGGCACCUGCACUCCAUCAUAUGGUGAUAGUUUUAUUGGCUAGUGGACUACCGGUGGAUUUAUAGCUCGGGAGUCAAAGGUUGUAGGAAACAUCAGAGGGUCGUCUAUCUGUCCCACCUGUUAGACAUGAAAGAGAGAAAAAAAACAUCCACGCUGCUCAAAGCAACUGGCAUUUAAAACAAUUAAGUUUCCUGUCAAGUCCCUGUGAUGAAUUAUCCGGAAGCUUUACCCGCUGUAAUUCUAAAUCUUCCCAACAAGUGCCUUUGUUGUAGAGAAAUUAAUGAAAACAAGAUUGUCUUUCAUAGGAGCUGAUCUCACAGCGCGACAGCCAGCUGCUCUUCUUUGGGAAUAAAAAAAAAAAAAAAACAGUCAGCAUUAAACACAGCUCACACAAAAUACUCUUUUUUUUUUCUUACCACUCGUGUGGAAAACAAAUCAGGCGGCAGGCGCAGUGGCCAUCUGUUUUGUUAUUUGAUAUGUGUGAAUACAUGUUGUAAUGACUUUGUUUGCGAAUCGCUCUGCGCGGCGGAACACACGAGAGCUCUCGAAGUGCUGGAGUGUUCAAAGCUAAUCAUAUAAUUGGACACAAUAGUCGAUGACAAAUGGAGACGCUCGGAGCCAGCCAGCUGGGGAAGUGAAUAUGUAAUCAUUGUAAAAUCAUAUCAUUUUUGCAUAUUUGAAGACAGCUUAAUAGAGUUUGCGUGUCAGCGCGCCAUCAAAUGAUGAUCAGAGGCAGUUCUGCCGCAUUUGUUUUCCCGAAUCCGACUUUGUUAGGCUACUUAUCUUCAUCUUGAUUAAAAGUGUUUUCACAAGA